AUGUGUGCACCGACGGUCGUCUGGCUGACAACCCACGGGGUCAUCGACGGGAGGCGAACCGUGCUGUGUUUUUUUCCUCUCCUCGUCACUCGUCCCCUUCGUGUUGGUUUUGGGUUCCUGGUGUGUGUUCGUGUCGGAGACAUUCCGGCGAACGACAAUUGUCGCAUUACGCACGUACCCCCCAAAGGGCGUGGCAGUCAUGGUUCCGUUUUCUGCUUUUUGCGUUCUUUGCCGUGGGUGCGGUAUAAGGGAAUACAGGCGGCGUCCUGCGUGUUUCGAGUGUUAUAUUCGGGUAUGGUGCUGUGCACGCUGUUUGGUAUGCAGUGACUGUUGCGAGUCGGACUCCAACAGCGGCGGCGCAGUUGAUUCUCGCAAUCGUGCCCCUGGUACUGCUGCUGCUGUGGAGUGUUCGGGGCGCUGUAGAUUGGAUGACGGGAGGCAUGUGGGUGUGUAGUGGGGGGGGGGCGGAGACGAGAUGUGGGUGAUGUACACCGAUCUGGCUGACGCUGCCUCUUGCGCGAAAAGGGGUCAACUGCCACGCGCGCGGUUGGCACUACCUACUCACGCCGCCUGUCGCAAGCCCCUGUGUUGGUUACGAUUGGUUUAGGUGCAUGCAUUGCCGCACUACUACUUGAGGCGGCGUUUGGUACACGCGGGUUUUUGGUAGGCUUCGGGGGGGAGGGUAAAGACUGGCGUUUGAUUUUCAUUUGUUGUCGGGCUAGCGUGAAAAUUCUUCCCAUGCAUGUUUGUGUGUGUGUGUGUUUCCGAAUCGUGGUGUCUGCGAGGCUUCUGGUGAUUUUGGCGUGCUGGGUUUGACUU